CCCGAAAUUCUUUUGGUCCCACUCAGCUUGUGGCAAAUCACUCGGUUGGGCUCCUUCCUGAUUAGACGCGAACAUGACUGUGCUUCAUCUGGUAGCCUAUGUUGCUUCCAUAGCAGGGCUAGGAUUCCUUGUCUUUAGCUUAGGUAACAGAAUGAAUAUUCAUUGAGGUUGAUCUAUACUCAUGGGGUUUUUUUUUCAGCAUGUGGGUUGUAUUACUUGGCCGAACUGGUGGAAGAAUACACAGUUUACACGAAAAAGAUCAUCAAGGGCAUGACCAUUACUGUGCUCGCUGUCCAUUUGUUUCUCUGUGUAUUUGAUCGUCUGCCAUUUUUUCGGCUACUGUUCUCCGUACUAUGCCACGGUGUAUACAGCUUGAAUUUGAAAACAUUUCCCUUUAUUCAACUCACCAGUUUACCAUUCUUGGCCAGCUGUGUCCUUGUCUUUGCCGAUCACUUUCUCUGGUUUAAUUAUUUCAUGCAAAAUCAUCGUCCUUUCAUGGACAUCGCUUCCUUUUUCGGUGUCUGCGUCUGGCUUAUUCCCUUCACUUAUUUUAUCAGUUUGAGUGCCAACGAUAAUGCGCUCCCGCUCAGUGAUCCAAACGCGGCCGAUACCAUUCCAUCUCAACAGAAAAAAGGGUUGCUAAAGAGUUUACUGGGAGCACUCGGUAUGAAGACGCAAGAACCCGCUAUUCCAACCACUCAUGUCACUGAGGACGUGUCCAUGUCUUACAUGUCUACUACCCCUUCGGUCGGUAUGACCUCCUCCGUAAGAUCCCAUUACUCGGCAUCAUCCCGACAAGUACAAAAUCGCAAAAUGGCAUGAAAACAGCGCUACUACCGCAACAUGCGACAAUCUUCCUCGUAAAAGUCAUCCGAACCCUGUGAAAUAAAACAAAAAUUGAUAUAAUAUGUGU